CUGAAGACAAGGGUCUUUUUGUGCAAAAGGGAAAUCAUAGGACUCACAUGCUUUGGAGGAGAAAGUGAGUGAUCACAGCACAGGACAGGGGUUUUUCAGAGGAAAAGAAAGAAGGGAGAGGAGCGGACUGAAGUCAUCUUGAGCGGGAUAAGGACAUCAGAACUGGACAGCUGUGAACUAGACUGGACCAGACCAGACCAAAACAUGGAAAAUGGCAAAACUGAAGAAAAGAUGGAAGACGUGUCAGAAGAUAAAGAAGAAAAUGUGGAGGAGGCUAACCUGGAGAUUGCUCAGCUGCAGGGCCUGGUGGCUGAGCUGCGUGAGGGACUCCAUGCUGCCCUGACAGAGCUGUGUGAGCUUCGUCACAGGGACCACGGCCUGGAGGAGAAGCUCCAGGCCCAUCAGACUGAUGUGGAUGAUAAGAUAAUGGGCCUCAAGAACUCCCUCAACACUUUCAAGGAGGAGCUGAAUGUGGCAUUGUUCCACAUUAAGGAUGUGUCCAGCAGACAGAGAGAGGUUCAGAAGAGGAUAGAACUACUGCAGUUAGAAAACAUGAAAGACAUCAUCUCUGUUCCACACAGUAGAAAGAGCUCCAAGGCAGAUGUGCUAACAGCAUCGGGGGAUGAACACAUCUGUGUGCCCAGCCAAUCGGAACUCGGUGUUAUUCAACACUUUUUUCCCAGUCUGCCACACAGUGAGUCACCACAGAGGAGCAACACAUCUACACAGACCUCUACCUCUGAGCAGGAGGCUCAGCCACAGCAGCAGAGAGGUUGUCUGUCCAAAUCUCCAGCGUGGGGAGAAGUGAAGAACAGCAGAAAUGACACAGAAACCUCCAACAGCCAGACUGAAAACAAUAAGAGACAGAGAGCAGCUCUGGAGUUGCUGGAGUCAGAGAGAGUUUACGUCUCCCACUUGUCUCUGUUACUAAAGGCCAACAUAACCUUCAAUGGAUCAGAAGCACUCACCUCCAAAGACAAACGUCCAUUUCCCAGCUCUCUUAGGUUUCUGAUCCAGCAGCAUCUCGAGCUCCUCCACACGCUCCAGGAACGUGUGCUCAAGUGCCAGUGGCAAGGCAUCAUGGGGGAUGUGUUUAUGAGGCUCACCAGCAAAGAGAGUGAUUUCUUGGACUUCUAUGUGUCGUACCUAAAGGAGCUUCCAGACUGUUUGUCAGUUGUCACCGUGCUUGCCUCCAGCUCCGUGAAAUCUUCUGCUCUGGAGAGUGACAUAAUGGGUGAUGAAUCCAGACCCUCCCUCUACACUCUGCUCCUACAACCUGUUCAGAGGAUCCCUGAAUACCUGCUGCUGCUACAGGGGCUGCUGAGGCAGACAGAUGCAGAUCACCCAGACUAUUACCUGUUGCUGGUGUGCAUCCAGCAAUUCAGGUCCUUCACAGCUCAGUACCACCAUCUCCUCCAGCACAACCAAGAGCUUCUGCUGCACAACCGCAAGGAGGUGAAGAGGUCUACUAUGAAACAGCUGAUAAAGACAGUAGAAGGUGGAAUUCAAGCUAACCACAUUGGUUCACCAUACCCUUGCAGCAGUGCCAUGUUGGAGCAUGUGAACCAAGUGAAGCAGAGCAAGCAGCGUCUCCUAGAGCAGAUCCAGUCUCACCGUUUCCAGGAUUGGGAUCGGGAGCGAGAUCAUGAAACUCACUGUUAUGACACAGAGUGGCCUGCCCAGCUUCCAUUCUUCAGCCCCGAUCUAGACUCACGGAACCACAAGCCAACAGGUCUUGGCAGUAUCCCAGAGAGUGACACAUCUGAGAGGUCCAUGUCAUGCCAGCAUCAGCUUCCCUCCAGACCUGCAGGCUUUCGUCAGGUUCAACCAGGCUCUGCUCUGGCCGAUGCUCUUGGAGAGUUCCUGCUCCCUCCAGAUCCCCCGGGAAUGGAGAGCCUUUACGAAGAGGAUGGAGGCUCCCUUCAUGAUAUCUCUAUGUUCGACCACUGUUCGUCUGCCUCUUCAGAUUCCUCCAUUGACAUUGCCUUCGUGAAGUGUCCCAAAGCCCCUUCAGCAUCACAUCAUGCAAUGGCAGCGAAUGUAUCGUCAAUCCGUGAUGUCUUUGGCAAUGGUGCAAACCAAGGCAAUGGUUACAGCAAACUGCCCAACCGAGGGUGCGUGUCUCCAGAUGAAGCUGUAAUGAUGCGCCGCAAUCAGCACCGUCCCCUUCAGGCCAGCCAGCGUAAGAGCAAGUCACUGAAUGGACUGCAGAUGGAUAACACAGUGAGUGGUCUGGAUGGUGGACUUCUAUCAGACCACCUCCAAAGAGUGGGAAUGGGCAGCCAUGCAAAGCUGGAGCGCCAGGGCAGUAAGGGCAGCAAGGGGUGUCCAACCCCAUCCCGUAAGGUCCACAGUCCCCUGGGAAACAGAUUGGAUACAGACAAACAGAGCAAUGAUCUUCAUGGGCUGCUCAGCAUUGACUCUGGGAUCCAAUCAUGGGGGGACGAGUCAAAGUGGAGGAGUGGGACCGAGGAGAAUAACCAUACACCCUUCAGUGAGCGGAGUCGGAAGCAGGACAAAGGAGGUUUCAGGAGCUCGUUCAAGAAGCUCUUCAAGAAGAAGAGCAGUGAUGAGAAGAAAGACAAGGGAGGUGAGAAAACACCAGAAAACCAAAACAGUGAACAUGAGACAUCUGGGAAAAAUCCCAAACUGGUACAUCUGGAGAUAAACCGUGGCACGGCUGUAUGAACACCACUCUAUUACAGACAAACAUUGUCACAGACUGAUCAAACAUACAGUGUAUUGCAUGAUUGCAUGAAUGCUUAAGCAUACGUACCUGCUGAAUAACUUUUACAACUGCUGUAUAAAUGCUGUACAGAUAUAAUCCAUUUAGCUAGGCAACAUUUCCUGUUAACAAUAUAAAUUUGAUUUUUAUAUGAAAGACAAAAUCCUGCCCCUAACCCUCAUACUGAGGGGAAAGCACUUGACAUGAUUGUACAGUGGAUGCCAUUUUUUUUUAUACAGUCAAAGCAGCUGGUUGAAUUUUUUCUCAUAUUAAGUGUUAUUUUGUCAAUCUUACUUAGAAUAUGGUAUCAUUUGCCGAUACCAAAAUGACACAGGAUUACAUUUGCAAAUUAAACUUUUUGUCGAUGAAUGUGUGAAUAGGUGGUUACAAAUAUGACCACUAGAGGGUGUAGUUUAACACUUUACAUAGCCAUACUGUUAAUAGCUCUGCUCUACCUCCAGUCCCCACAGUUUCACAGACAACUAACACCUCUCUUUCCAUUUUUGCUCCUUUUCUCAAGGUGUUUUUAAGCUACACCACAACUUCCAAAUCUGUGUAAACUUACUCAUAAACAUUUCUAUGGCUGCUUAAUUUGUUAAGCCAUAACCAGAAAUUAUUAUAUUGUGCAUAUACUCAGGAGAACAACCACUAAACAGUUAUUAUAUGUCCAUGUUUCUAUAUGUUUAAGCAAUUUGUUUAAAGACAAUAAUUUCUAUGCUCUGAAUAAAACUGUUUUAUUAAAGGAUGAAUGUGACAAUCGGGAGACAUUAAGAAUGUUCAAUAAAGGUUCACACUGAGAAAUUG